AUGAAGUUCAACCGCGAAUUCAUUCUUGCCCUGUUUGGUGCGACAACAAUUGUCUCUGCCUCCGCCAACCCUGAAUCUGCCAGGGUUGCCGAAUGUGGAAGUUCUGAGAAUGUAAUGUCGAUUCCCGAAGGCGCCAACGCCUCCGAGUAUCGUUCCUGUCUGAAUCACCCAGCUGGAAAGGCAGGGCCCACCGCGAUGGAUUCCCUCGAGAAGCGGGACUGCUGGUUCGGCGGUGACCAUGGUUGCAAAAAUGGGUACUGCUGGAAACGAUGGGGUGAUGAUCUGACCAACGGCUACUGGUGCUGGACUGCUUUGAACGGCGGUAAUGGGAACUGGAUCCAGUGUUCGACAGACAGCCAAUGCACUACUAUCGUGGCUUGUGGCCUGGGUGACUGCAAGGACUGCGGAUGCAACUGUUAA